GCUGAGGCUGCUUACAGUUACAGGAAUUGUCAACCGUGCAGACCGAUUUGUAAAUAUAAAAAUGGAAUUUGCAUGCCCGUGAGACAUCAACCCUAAUGUACAAGGUGCAUGUGUCUUCGCCAGUGCCAGAGGAGGUAUGACUCUCACAAGGGGAUCCUUCAGCUAUUCUAGUGGAGAGGAGUACCAUGGCGAGUGGAAAGAAGGGAGGCGUCAUGGGCUAGGACAGCUGAAAUUUGCUGAUGGGACCUGCUAUAAGGGGCAGUUUGAAAAUGGCUUGUUCCACGGAUGUGGUGUUCUUGUGUUCCCCGACGGAUCCAGGUACGAGGGAGAUUUUGUUCAAGGCAAAUUCCAGGGUGUGGGAAUCUUCAAUCGUUUUGACGGGAUGACAUUUGAGGGAGAAUUUAAAAGUGGACGCGUGGAAGGACACGGUCUGCUGACGUUCCCUGACGGAACACACGGAGUGCCACGGAACGAGGGCUUGUUCGAGAACAACAAGCUUCUGAAGCGGGAAAAGUGUCAGGCGGUGGUGCAGAGAGCGCAGGGCUCGGCCGCCAAGGCCCACGGCCUCUCGGUAUGACCAAAGGAGCCACAGUGCACUCCGGCCCGGCUAGCCCUCAGGGAUGGGCGACAGGGUUCACAUCACCUCUCUCUUGCCCACGUGGGUUCAGUUUCACAUUUGCCUUGGCCUCAUUACUGAUGCUGAACCUGAGUGGCUCACACCACCCACUCUUGCCUUUAGUUGGGCAACACUGUCCCGUCUUUGCUGCUCAGUCUUGGCUCGAUCCAUUGCUGCUGUAUUCCAUAUUAGGAGUGGAUCACCAAAAUACUUAGUUUCCAGUUCCAAUGAGUGAUCAGACUAACAACUUGUUAUCAGCCCAGAGGUUCAAAGGCACGGAGUGGUAAAUAUUCUCCUUCACUGUAUCUGUCUGCACCCAUGAUGGAAGAACAUCUUCAGCUGAUCAGCUGAUGUACUUAUGGCAAUUACUGAAUUCACUACCACAUAGACUGAUCGUAAUGUUGCCAUUAAUUAAAACAAUCUAUUCCGAACAACAAAUGUUGUUCAAAUUGAGCAAUUUCAAACUCAUCUAGAAACUCAUCUAUUCAGCUUUGAAUAUCUCUAAUUUGAAUGUGAGCAAGGAUUUUGUGCUGAGCAGACUGUUGCUCCGAACAAAUUUCAGUGAGCCACUCCUAUGUUAACCUCACAUGCAAAUAGGCAUGUCUGUUAUCUUACAACCCCUUAUCCAUUUCCUGUUUCAACAACAGACACUACAUAGCAAGUUGCUUAGUGGUGAAGAAUGACAUGUUUUUAACCGUUGAACUUAUUUCAGGGGUGAAAAGGGGUGACCUUGGCCUAUACACUUGGGCUCUGUGGACAAGUUUGUAUUCUGUCACCUUUUUUAUUAUCUGUCUUUGCCUUCACGUUGCCUUUCAGAAAGGAAUCAGUGAAUACUGUAGAGUAUAUACAGUAACAGUUGUUCGAUGAAAAUGAAUGAAAAGCUGUAUGAGAUAUUCCUUUUUUUCCUCACGACAAAGGCAAGCAUUUUUUACAGCUGCUCAAUACACAAAACUAAGUGUACUUUAAUGUAUUUUAAACAUUCAGUAUCCUAUGGCUUGCUCUUAAAUCAUUCAGUCUUACAAUGUCAUUUUGUGUGACUCAUGUCUAGGAUUUGUGUGAUUUUUUUUGCCUGCUGGUAAAAAAAAAUGGGGUGUGUGGAAAUAGUUGCCACUAUUUAGGUCCUAAUCAUAAAAUACAUUCAGUUCAGUGGCAACUGGUUUUGCUAGCUGUGUGUUGUUAUAGGCUAGCAUCUCACAAAAGUCUUUCUUGGUAAAUCAUCGACCUUUUCAAAGCAGUUCACAUCUAUUGCAUGGGCUGCCCACAGCUCCAUAUUACAUUGUGUGUAUUUCAGCCAGUACAGGCUUCAAAUUAUAUGAAGUACUAAGAACUGGUCCACAUUUUCUGUCCUUGAAAUCCCGAAAUCCUGAAAUCAGUGGAGCAGUUUGAAAUAAAGAAGAGGGAAACUAUUAUAUGUUCAGAUAGAAUGUAACAUUGCAGCGCUGGUUUUCUAGUCCCACUUAAUUUACUCUGUUCCUUAGAGAAACAUUCAUAGAAGGUUUUCCCCACGACACACAUACAAUAUAAAUAGCUCUAUCACCUGUCACUAUUAUGCUCAUCCAAUCAAGAAAAUACCCUGUGCGUCAAUCAUGUGUUUUUCCCAAAGCAGCUCUGGGAAGACCACAAAGAGGAUGGGCUAUACUUUCAAAAUGGCUAACCCCCAGGGACAAUGCUGACUACGCCUUUGAUAUGUCUGGAAGGAGAGCUAAAUAAGAGUGCGCAAAAUAAUCAGUUCAGUCAAGUGUCUAGUCAGUUUGGGAACAGAAUAAGAAUCUUCUGGUGAUUUAAAGACAGUGAGUGGGUAGAAUCGGAGAGCGGUGCCCAUUUUCACACUACACUACAUUACACAACAGUGACUAGUUGCCUUACUGAUUCUCUAGUGAAAGAAAACUGUUCAGUGGUCCCAGGAUCACAUGUUAUGUAUUUAGGAUUCAGUCAUAUACAUAUACUGUACAUACAUAAACCAUGUUAAAGGUCACACCACACAGAAAAGAAAAAAUGUAUUCAUUUUAUUCAUAUGUAUUGUUAUCCAUGUUCUGAGAUAACCAGUUCUCUAGUUCAGAAAUGAACGUCGGCAUGCUGCUGCCACCUGAAAACCUUUGACAGUAUGCUUAUGAAAUUGCUGACCUCUUAGAAUUUACAUUGAUUUCAGAUUGUUGAUAGCAUAAGGCAAUUUCGGGUAUUUGAUUGGACUGUAUGUAUGUAUUUGUUUGCUGUGUCAUUCAUUUGUUAUGUUUGUAAUAUACUUACAUGUAGGGAGUUGAACAUAACCAGAGUGUGUAUCUUACUUCAGACUUUUUCAAUUCUGAGGUAUCCCAAUUACUCGGGCGUGGUGUGUUCAUCUCAAUUCCAUUGGUUGUUCUAACAGAACCAGUGAAAUACAUUAUGCACUUGAAAGGCAGCCAAAGGUCUUGUGAAGCACUGGCAAUAUUGAACCCUGUAGUGUUUCUGAAAGUGCUAUUAUUCCUGCUUUCCUCCACUGUUUGACGAUGAUCACCUUAGAGCCACCAAUGCUCUCAAGAAGUAUACACUCAAAUAUACUGAACUCUCCAUUGUGUGACAGUGACGUGUUAAAUAAACUUUCAUUGCAUAGCCUACAGUUUGUAUGCAAUGAACUUGACUGGAAAAAGUACCAGAAAUAAAUCCUGUUUUGAUA